CUAUUGACCUUGACCUGUAAUUGUUUUCUUAGGAGUUUACUUGCGAUUCCUUUAAGAAUCUGAUAUGGCGAGAAGAUUAGGUAAAUUAAACACAAAAUCCUCUAUGUUAUUCCUAUGCGAUAUGCAAGAGAAAUUUAGGAGGACGAUACAAUAUUAUCCUUCUAUUCUUGAGGUCAGUAGAAGGAUGCUAACUGCAGCCAAGGCCUUAAAUUUGCCAGUUGUCGUAACCGAACAAUAUCCAAAAGGACUUGGUCAUACAGUAAAGGAAUUAGAUGUUAAAGGAUUCCCUAUUAUUGAGAAAACCCAAUUUUCUAUGUGUACUGCGGAAACUCGAGAACAUUUAAAGAGCGUCAAAAAUUUAAAUUCUGUACUACUUUGUGGAAUUGAAGCACACGCGUGCGUACAACAAACAGCAUUUGAUCUGUUGGAAGAUGGAUAUGACGUCCAUAUUUUAGCCGAUGCGGUCUCAUCAAGGAGUAUGGUUGACAGAAUGCUGGCUUUCCGAAGAAUGGAGAACGCUGGGGCUUUUAUUACAACGUCCGAAUCAGUUUUAUUGAUGCUUUGUAAAGAUGCGGCUCAUCCCAAAUUUAAGGAAGUACAAAAGUGCAUUUGGGAAGUGACCCCGGACAGCGCAAUUCUCUCUGGACAGAUUGAAUAG